AAAGAGUUGAAUUUCAAAUGAGAGGAAGUCCACAUAUGCACAUACUAUUGUGGUGUAAAGAUAUCCCUGAUUUUGACCAAAACAACCCUGAAUCUGUUGAAAAAACUAUUAAAUUCAUUGAUAAAAUUGCUACAUGUAAAUACAAAGAUCCUAAAAAGUUUCCUCUAAUCAAGAGACAAAUGCAUAGGCAUUCUGAAACAUGUUACAAAGGAAAGAGAAAACGAUGUAGAUUUAAUAUCCCUAUUCCACCUAUGGAUAAAACUGAAAUUUUGUGGCCUUUUACUGAAGAAGAGAGUAAAUUACAAAACCUAGAAAAUCUAAAGCUAAUUUAUGUAAAGAUUGAAAAUGAAGUUAAGAACUUUUCACUAAAAUUUGUUGAUAUGUCUUUUGAUGAUUUUAUGUUAAAACUUGGUAUUACCAGAGAAAAGUAUAUAUUAGCAAUAAGAUCUCGUAUUAAGCGACCUCGUGUGUUCCUUAAACGAAGCACUAUGGAAGUUAAUAUUAAUGCAUAUAAUGAAGACAUUCUAAAUUAUACUGAAUCAAAUAUGGACAUUCAACCUGUAUGUGAAGUAUAUGCAUUGGCAAAAUACCUUGUUGACUAUGUAACAAAAGUUGACUCAGCUCUAGCAAAAAUUUUGAAAGACAUUUCUGAUGAGAUCAAAGUAAACAAGAAUUAUACAUUGCAAGAAAGGAUGCGUAAAUAUGCAAGUGCAUUUCUUAAUAGUAAACUAGUAAGUGCUCAAGAAGCUGCUUAUUAUUGUUUGUCAAUUCCAAUGACUCAAUGUAGUAGAUCAAAUGUUUACAUAAAUACUAGACCCAUAAAUGAGCGAACAAGAAUGUUGAAACAGAUAAAACAAUUGAGACAACUACCCCCAGAUUCCAAAGAUAUAUUUGCUCAAGAUAUUAUUCAAAAGUAUCAAAAGAGAAAACAAGAACUAAAUGAUGUAACUUUGAUUGAAUAUGCAGCAGAUUAUACUGAGGUUAAGAGAAGCAAAGAAGAGGAUGAUAGUGAUGAUGAGAAAGACAUAAGUGUAAGGAAAAGGUCAAAAAUUGUUAGAUUUAAGAGAUAUGAUAAGCUUCAGGAUGAACACCAAUACUAUCGUAUGCAAUGUUUGUUGUAUUUUCCAUUUAGAGAUGAAAAGACUGAAAUUGAAGAUGCUGAUUGUAAGCAAAUUUAUCUUAAAAAUUUCGAAGCGAUAAAACAGGUGCGAGAUAAAUUUAAUUUUAUAUCUGAAGAAGAAGUAAUUGAAGCUAUGGGAAAAGUUCGUGAUGUAAACAGUGAUGAUGAUGAUGAUGAUCCUGUGAACAAACCCGUAUCCAAGUCCCAAGAAUUUCAUUUUACACCUCCUGAAGAGAAGCCCGGUGAUAAAAAACCGCGUAAGUACAUUACUCCAGUUAGAAUUACUAAAGAAGAAUUGUGCCAAAAUAUGCAGUCCCUCAAUGAAAAACAAAGGCAAAUUGUAAUGCACAUAUACAAGUGUUUCACAUCAAAUACCUUGCCAAUACGUAUAUUCCUUUCUGGCUCUGCUGGCGUAGGUAAAACCCGUGUAAUUAAUUGCCUGUAUCAACUAAUCACACAUCAUUUCGAUAAUUUGCCCAAUAGUAACCCUGAAUCUAUGAAGGUAUUGCUUUGUGCACCAAGUGGCAUGGCAGCCUUUUUGAUUAAUGGAAUGACCCUACAUUUGGCUUUUGCUCUACCUAAUACCCAAAACCCCGUAGAUAUUGACCACUUUUCAGAAGAUAUUGCAAAUACAAUUCGUUGUGAAUUUAAAGACGUGAAACUAAUUGUAAUUGAUGAAGUUUCAAUGGUAGGCUCAAAUACCUCAGUGAAAGUUAGUCAGCGACUAAUACAAAUUGUUGGAGUUCACCAAAGCUUUGGCGGAAUAUCAGUUAUUUUUGUAGGAGAUCUUAACCAAAUAGCACCUGUUGGAGAUAAAUCCAUAUUUCGUGCCCCAGAUAAAAGUAAUGCAGGUAUACUAGAUAUAAAUCCACUUUGGGAGGAAUUUAAAUAUUUUGAACUAACCGAAAUAAUGCGUCAAAAAGAUGAUUUGAACUUUACGAAUGCAUUGAAUAACUUGGCCAUUGGAAAAAUGACAGAAAAGGAUAUAAGUCUUAUUAGAUCUAGAACGGUUAAAAAUGUAAAUGAAGUUCCACCGGAAGCAAUACGAUUGUUUGCUACUCGUAGAAAUGUAGAUGAGUUUAACGAACGAAAAAUUGCAAAUUACCCAGGAGAACUACAUACGUUUGUAGCUAUAGAUAAAGUAAUGAGCGACAAAAAGUCUAAACCUAAAAGUGAAAAUGAACAAAAUAAAAUCCUUAAAGACAUAGAAAAUCGAGAUCCAAGUAAAAGCGCUGGAGCUGUCCAUACCUUGCAUUUGAAGUUGGGUAUAAAAUAUAUGAUUAUUAAAAAUAUCGAUGUUUCAGACGGUCUAGUUAAUGGAGCUGCAGGUAUACUUCGCCAUAUAACUUUUGAUUCAAAAAAUAAUGUAGGUGUAAUAUGGCUAGAAUUUCUUGAAGAUCGUGUCGGUAAGAAAAUUACAAAAGAGCAACGGUAUCAAAAUUAUCUUAAAAAGCAUAAUUUGAAAGAAAAUCUUGUACCACUUGAGAAAUGCAAUUUCGUUUUUAGAUUGAAUAAUAGUAGUACGACUACAAUAUCAAGAACGCAAUUUCCAGUCAUGCCGGCAGAAGCUAUAACGAUACAUAAGAGUCAGGGACAAACGUACCAAUCUAUAUGUCUUGAUUUUACUAAACUAGAAAGAAUUACAUUGUGCAUGACGUAUGUAGCACUCAGUAGAGUAACAUCACUAAAUGGAUUGUAUAUAAUUGGAACAUUUAUUCCACAACGCCUUUCACAUAGUGGACAACGGAUAAUUAACGAAAUUCAUAAAUUGAGAACGGAAAAACGUCUUAAAGACUUUUUUGAAGAUGUUCGUAGAGUAGACCCGAAAAAAGUAAAAAUUUGUUAUCAAAAUAUUGUCUCAUUGCAUAAACACUUUAAUGAUAUUGAUACGGAUUCAUGGUACAAAUGCUUCAAUAUUGUAAUAUUUUCGGAAACGAAAACACAUAAGAAUUAUUCUAUUCCAUCUUUCAAAGGUUACCACGUUUUAUAUAGACAAGACAAUGAGAUAGAAAAUAUUGGAGGUCUUUUGUGUUUGAUUAAAAAUGAGGAUAAAUCGAAAAUUAACGUAAUAGCGGAAGAUACUAGAAUCGAUCAUACUAAGAAAUUUAGCUUGAGUUUGUUUGCUUUGGAAUACGGAAAACAAUUUUAUAUUAUUUCUGGGUACAAGUCGCCGAAGGUACCAUUUGAAAUAUUUAAAAAUUCAUUCGAAACAGUUCAUUCAAAAAUUCCCAAAUAUUCUGAAAUUAUCCUUAUUGGUGAUUUUAAUUUUAAUCUUUCUUCAAAUAAUACGGAUAAGAGAUUUUUAAAAUACGUCGCAGAAUAUAAUUUGGAAACUGAACUUAAUCCUGAACAAGCUACGACAAAGUAUGAUAGUCAAAUAGACGUAGUUUUGAGUAAUAUACCGGAAAAUAAUUUUUCAGCAGGAAUAUAUGAAUCUUAUUUCUCUGAUCAUCGCCCAGUUUAUUGUAUAGUAGGAGAAAAUGAACAAGCAAAGAAACCCGAUAAAGAUAUUGAAAAGUCACCCAAACGGCCUAAUACACCCGAAUAUUUACCAACACCUAAAGUAGUCAAAGUUCCUAUACCAACUGAUUCUCCAACUACAAGUAAGAAAGUAGUUAAAGAUAAGAGUCCGGAAAAACCUGUAAACCCACCUACUAAAGACACUAAUAUUCCUGAACCAGAACGCGAUAAUUGUUGGCCACCUAAUUUUGUAAUUGAUUUCUGGAAAGACUAUGAUAUUACAUCAGCCACACAAUAUGUAGUGACAGAUCACAUAUAUCGUUUCAUGGAUAUCCUUAAUGAAAAAUAUCCUGAAUUUAAAAAAGUUACCCCUGAAUUUGGAUUUAGUAGUGUAGACGAAGGAAGUAAAUGUCCAGUAAUUCCUCCGAAUAGAAGACACUUGCAAAUUAUUGCUACAAAUGAAAAUGUGCCAAAUUUUAUAGGACACUAUACACUUGCGGUGUACAACGGCGAUAAUAUAAUAGAUUAUUACGAUUCCUUAAAUGGUAGAGUACUUAAUCAACAAGCUAAAAAUAUUCUGAGUAAAUUGCAUCCACAUUUGAAACCACUAACGAAAUAUAUUAGAUUUAAUAAAGUUAUGCCACAACCGGAUAAUGUGAUGUGCGGAAUUUUUGCCAUGGCCAAUGCAGUUAGUUAUGUGUUAGGAAAAGACCCAUGUGAUCAGAAAUACAUAAUACCAAGAAUGAGAGAUCACCUUAAAAAUAUUUUGGAAAGUGGAGUUAUUUUGCCAUUCCCCACAGAGUAGGUAAUGCGCAAUUGAAAUUAAAAUUUGUUUAAAAAAAAAUAAUAAAUAGGCGUAUGAGUAUAUUUCUUAGUUUAUUUUAGUUAGUAGUUUUGCCCCACACUAACUGCUCGGCCGCCUCCUUUCAUGGGAGGCGGGUCGCAGCAGUUUGAUCCGGCUCAACGAUACAAGAGGUAAGAAAACAAUUUCUAACUUUUAUCAAAAUAUUUUAUUAUUUAUAAUUUAUGUUUUAUUUGUAGUAUUUAUAAGAAAGUCUCUAAAUUCGUUUUUGUUAAAUUUUCUAGCCGGCUCACAACUUGUUCCGGAACACUCCUCGGUCGCCUCCUGCCAUCGGAGGCGCACCGCAGCAGCUGUCUCCGGCUCGAAAUCAGCCGGACAGGGCCACCUCCACCAACAGGCCCACUUAAAAGUGUAUUUCCUCGGCCGCCUCCUGUAAUAGGAGGCGCACCGCAGCUGCUGGACCCGGCUUGGACGACACGAUAGGUAUGUAUAAAAUUUCUAGCUUUCAUUAUCAUUAUUUUACAAUUAAUGUCUGAUUGGACUUUUGUAGUAUUAUGAGAAAAAAAAAUCUAAGUUCUUUUAUGUCCUGUUAUCUAGCCGGAAAAUAUCACACCCGCUACAAGUUCCGGAACUCUCCUCGGCCACCUCCUUUCAUAGGAGGUGCACCGCAGCAGCUGUAUCCGGACUGUAUGAAGCAUUCUUCAGCCGGACUGGGCAGCAUCAACAGGCCCACUUCCUCCAAAGUUUCCUCGGCCGCCUCAUCAAGUAGGAGGCGUACCGCAGCUGCUUUAUCUGGCUCUAACGAUACAACAGCCGAAAUAUUCACCACUACCUCCGGAAUCCUUCUCGGCCACCUCCUUCAACGGAGGCGCACCGCAGCUGUAUUAUCCGGAUAUAGCCGGAUUGGGCAACAUAGUCAAGAGGCCCAUUGUUUCUGCAAUCUCCUCGGCCGCCUCCUCAAGUAGGAGGCGCACCGCAGCUGCUAGAUCUGGCCCGGAUGACAUGACAGGUAAGAAUACGAUUUCAUACCUUUCUUUAUAAAUCCGUCUUAUUUGUGACCGUGGUAUGUAGUAUUGUGGAAAAAAUCUUAUUUGUCUUGUUUUUAUUUAGAAUGACUUCGCAUCCACCAAGUAGCACUGUCACUUCCGGAACGCUCAUCGGCCAUUGAAGUUCAUUGGAGAAAAAUUGUUAUCGACAUUGGGAGUUCCAAUUCUUUAUUUAAAAUUAGCCAGCAUUUUGUUUAAUCCUCAUCCGUCUAAGGACGUCACAAUUUAAGUACUUUUAUUUUAUCAUGAACUGUUUUUAGUAGAGAGUUACAAUUGAGAUGGGCGUUAUUCAGUGUAAAAAACGUUGUACUCGUUGAACAAACACCUGUUCGUUGCAAGAUUGUUAAUCUUCUUGUGGGACUACGGAUUUGAAAAUUUGAACCACUUGUUUUUGAGUUGUAUUCAGCCCGGUGGGGCGGCGGUAUUCGAUAGGCCGUAGUGCAGAUAUGAGAUAAGAUCUCGCUCGGUCAGGAAUGCCGCGUGUGAUGUGUUUGGAACCGGAGGUAUUUGAUCGGCCGUAGUGCAGAUAUGAGAUAAGAUCUCACUCGGUCAGGAAUGCCUGCGUGUGCGUGUUUGGGACCGGCGGCAUUUGAUAGGCUGUAGUGUAGAUAUGAGAUAAGAUCUCACUCGGUCAGGAAUGUCUCCGCUGGUGGUGUGUUUGUGGCUCGGUGAUGUCCGGUAGGCCGUAGUGUAGAUAUGAAAAAAGAUCUCACUCGGUCAGGGAUGUCUUUGUGAGUGGCGUAUGCGGGACAGGUGAUAUUCGGUAGUCUGUAGCGCAGAUAUGAAAAAAGAUCUCGCUCGGACAGGAAUGUCUCCUUUGCUCCCAACAGUACAGUGGUCGGCCCAAAAGAUCAGUGGCCAGAUGGUAAAAAAAAAGAUCGCGUAGGUUCCCUGGUAACUCAGGAUGAUUGCAAUCGAACAGCGCCGUGUGGGCGGAAGACGAGAUGAAUGCGAAGUGCAUGGAUAAAGCUAUCUCCAUACUUACUCUCGAAGUUUAAUUGUUAUAUUGUUGUUAAAAAAAAUCUGCUCUAUGAUGUAAUUGUUGUUCAUAUUCUAGUAGAGAAGUAAUGAGUAUCUUUCAAGGUAAUUUAAUGCGAGAGCCUUCUUUGAAUCAAUCAAUCAAUUUUGUGAAGAUUGUUAGCGGUUUAGAACACACAAUUCCGCUUCAUACAUAUUCGUACAAUUCCUACAACCAUAUGUAGGAUUAGAUUAAGAAUAUAUGAUUACAAAAAAUUGUAUGUAAAAAGAUUGAGGAUUACAUUAUAAAAGCAAGGAAUAAAAUAAAAAAAUACGAAUGAAAUUAAAUUGUUUAUUAUUUUUUACAUAAAAGUGCAAAGUAAAAUUUCAACCAAUUAUCGCCCCGCGAAGCGGGGCGCU